CAAAAAUGCGCUGAAGUCCCUUCGAUCUCACACGAGGAUUUUGAAUAAUUUUUUCAAUUCUCUGGUGUCCGAUUCUUGUGGCGAGGGGGUGUCGCUUGUUGUCAUUAUUCCGAUGGUCAGUGUUUUUUCUCGUUAGGAAAUCGUAGAGGGAUGUUAUCAUUUGCUGUUUCUAGCACCACAAUUUUGAAUAGUUACUUUCUUGAGCUCUUUGGAGAUCAGUUAGUUGGUAGGCAACUGAAAGAACGUCAAUGGAAUGAAAUAAUUAAAAAUAUCAAAGAGGACUCUUCGAGGUUGGAUUGACUUUGAAAAUUUUUCAUCAAAGUCUUCUGGUUAAGGGUUCGUAAUUGACCAUUAAUAUUGUUUAAUUAUUUCAAAAUGGCAUGGCAUGGUUCUUUUGUAGCAGGUUCAAUUUUUUGUUUACGAUUUAAGUUAGUCAUUUCAUCUAUGUCCGGCGGUUCAUUGUGAAAGAUGAUGGGUGCGUGAUACGCGACAUAUAGCCGUAGGUCGUAGCUGUACGCGUGCGUCGAUAGAUCGUAUGCUACACGGCAUUUUUAGUUGCGCUAAUGCUAGCGCUAAUGUCGGGCCGAUCGUUUACAGUUGCUCCUAAAAUAUUACGAAAAUUCGCGUAUAUUACGCGAAAAGUGUGAAAAAAUGGCAGAAUUCCACCUACCGGGCAAGCGAAAUUCGUCGAGGCAACUUCGGGAGAGGAAGCAAAAGAAAUUGUACUCGGAAGAUUGGGCUUUGGGCGAUGAGGAAAUUGAGGGGAGGCGCGUCUUCUCGCUCCAAGAAAAGUUGGAGGACCCCAAGUUCGUCGCCCACGUCCUCGUUCGUGAGAUGCACGGUACCGAAAUGAACGUGAGCUACUUCCAGCGUUACGGAUUUAACACCCCCCUGCUCUUCAAAGAAAAAACCGGUCUAGGUCUCCGACUGCCCACGUCAAACUUCUCCAUCAACGACGUACGAAUGUGCGUGGGAUCGCGCAGAGUUCUGGACGUAAUGGACGUCAACACCCAGAAGAAUAGCGAGAUGACAAUGAAAGAUUGGCAAAAGUACUACGAAGAUCCAGACAAGGAGAAGCUCCUCAACGUCAUCUCUUUGGAAUUCUCUCACACCAAGCUCGAAAACUACGUGCAGACCCCGACGGUAGUCCGCCAAAUCGACUGGGUCGACUGCGUCUGGCCGCGCCACCUCAAGGAAAGCCAGACCGAAGCCACAAACCUCCUCGAAGACAUGAAGUACCCAAAGGUCCAAAAGUACUGCCUAAUGUCAGUGAAAGGCUGCUACACAGACUUUCACGUCGACUUCGGCGGCACCUCGGUCUGGUACCACAUCCUCAAGGGCGGCAAAGUCUUCUGGCUGAUACCGCCGACCGAACACAACCUCGACCUUUACGAACGGUGGGUACUCUCGGGCAAGCAGGGCGACAUCUUCUUCGGCGACAACGUCGACAAGUGCGCGCGCAUUCACCUGACCGAAGGGAACACGUUUUUCAUUCCGACCGGCUGGAUUCACGCGGUCUACACGCCGGUCGACUCGCUCGUUUUCGGCGGUAAUUUCCUACACUCGUUCGGCAUCGACAAGCAAUUGAAAAUCGCGCAAGUCGAGGACACGACGAAAGUACCACAAAAAUUUCGAUACCCCUUCUUCACCGAAAUGCUCUGGUAUGUCCUUGAAAGAUACGUUCAUUGCUUAUUAGGACGAUCACAUUUAACCACUACUUCAGAUAUGGUACUAUCGCCGGAUAGGCCUCACAUACACUUAACCUACGCCGAACUCCACGGUCUUAAGGAAAUCGUGAUGUACCUCCACAUGCUGCCGGCGAACAAGAAGAACGUGCCCGAUCUGAUUCGCGACCCGGUCCCGCUGAUCCAGGACGUGCGGACCUUGAUCGGGCAGCACUGUCAGGACAGUCGGGAGCUGGCGAUUACGGGCAGACCGAUACUGUCAGUUUUCGAAGAUCAGGAGAAUCGCGUGAAGAAUUACACGUACUCGCGAUCGUCGGGCGUGAGGGGAUCAAAUAAAGUGGGUAGACCGUCGAAGACGUCUCUGUCGCACGACAGAGGUGGAGGGGGUGAUAAGAAUGGACCGAGGCGAAGACGAACGAGAUGUAAAAAAUGCGAAGCUUGCCAAAGGAGCGACUGUGGCGAGUGCAGUUUUUGUCUGGACAUGGUCAAGUUCGGCGGUCCCGGCCGAGCGAAGCAAACGUGUAACAUGCGGCAAUGCUUGCAGCCGAUGCUACCCGUUACGGCGGCGUGCGUACACUGCGGCCUCGACGGGUGGGGGCAGACGCCCGUUGUGCCCCUACAAAAAGGUCCGCAACGCAACGAAAGCGCCAGCAGCCUAAUGGAGUGUUCCGUCUGCUACGAAAUCACACAUCCGGCCUGCGUACAGAGACUGUGCCCGCAAUUCACCGGCUACAUGAACGAGGACAUGCCGAACUCGUGGGAGUGCCCGAUGUGCUGCAAGUCGGGCAAGAACGCCGACUAUAAGCCGCGACAUUUUCGAGCGAGACAAAAAUCGUCGGAUCUGCGCAGAAUGUCGAUCAGCUCGGACGCGUCGAGCGCGUUCGAAUCGAAGGCGCAGCCGGACCACAUGAGCGGCGACUCCGGUAGCGAAAACGAGAAGGACAAUAAAGAAUUAGUGCCUAUUAAGAAACGUCGCAGUAGCGAGGGCGAGAUCGAGACCAAGAGCCAGAGCGGCGAGGCCCCCCGCAAACAGGCGCUGCGCAUGCAGCUCGCGCAGCAACUCACUUGCAAUUCGACGAAGGCGCUUAAAAAGCCGAUGUUCGUCGUGCGACCCGCGCCGCUUAAUAUGAUCAGUCCCUUACCUUCUAGUAACAUUGCUUUGGAUAAGCGAUGCAUUUUAAAUGUCUUUCGGCAUCUAUCUCCCAAGGAUCUCUUCAUGUGCUCGCUCGUGUGUAAAACGUGGGCGCAGUUCAGCAUCGACCCGAUUCUCUGGAAACGGAUGGACUUCGCCCAAAAACGCAUCUCGUCCGAACACUUGAAGGGCAUCGUUCGCCGCCAGCCCGAGACGCUAAUCCUCGACUGGGCGCAUAUCAAUAAGUACCAGCUGCCCUGGCUCAUCCAGCGCUUGACGGCGCUCCGCGAGCUCUCCCUAGUUAGUGUGAACGUGAAAUCGGUGAUAUCGCUCCGCUCGUGCUACUGCGCGCAGCUGCAGUCGCUCGACGUCAGUUUCGUCUCGGGCUUCAACGACUCGGCGCUGCGCGAAAUUUUAGGACCGAACAACGACUCGCGCCGCGGCCUGACCGACGAGCGAGUGCGGCUGCGCAACCUGAAAACGUUGCGCGUGGCGGGCACCGAAGUGACCGAUAUCGCCAUGCGUUACGUCACCCAGUACCUGCCGAACGUCGCGAACCUAAACUUGAGCUGCUGCGCGCGCAUCACGGACGCGGGAAUCGCGCAGCUCUGCACGAAACCGGCGAGCACCGUGACCAAUCUCCUCAGUCUCGACGUGAGCAACACAAAGCUGGUGACCGAACUAAGUCUGGAACACCUAUCGAAGUGCGAGAACUUGGUGCGGCUUGACAUGCGACAUUGUAGUCAGGUGUCGACGCAGGCGCUCAUCAGAUUCGCCGCGAAAAGUGAACAUAACCUGCAAGUGCGUGAUAUUAAGCUUGUCGAUAAGCGAAUAGGAAAAGUAUACUAAGUUAUCGUAAUUUAGGAACACUGUACAGUCUUUCUUUGUAACGUUUUUAAUUCACUUAUUCGCAAUAUAAAGAAAAGAGUAGUACCAAAGAAAUUAUUAUUUAAACAUUAAGCAAUUGUGAUGUUAACUCUACCUUCAUAUGGAACACAGCGAAACUGCAACAAUUUUACGUGUACAUAAACUACCUACUAUCUUUUAAUAUUUUAGUAUCUAUCGGUGAUUGGUGAACGUUUGCUUUGUGUGUCUUUUGUGUAAUGAUUUGUGCAAUACCACUCAUUUACUUAAAAAAAAACACGUACGGUUAGUUUGUAACGUUUUUAUCUAGACAUUGAAAUGAUGGUAGACUUGAGAUUAUUAUUAAGUGUUGAUACGUUUCAAGCUUUUUUACUGAAAUAAAUCGCAUAUUGACGGUGUUA